GAAGAACAUAACAGAAACCUCCCCCAUAUUGGAAACCAGCAGCCGCACCCCUCCUCUCUCUCGCUCUCAAAUCACCUUUCUCUUUGCCAAGCGCCGGAAUCCGGCGAGUCAGCAGCCACCGGCGACUGCUACUCGUUCCCCUGUUCCCCCCCCUCUCUCCCCUUUCCCUCUACUGCUGUCUUGUCCAAACCCAAGAGAGAACAAGCCAUUAGCCGCCGACUCCCCUAACUCCUCUCAAUAGAAGAACGCUAAAUCAGAAAGAAAGGGUUCAAAGCUGAUUUUUAAUUUCUUUCAACUGGUACAUAUUCUCUGAGACUUCGAAAGCUGGUCCGAGUUGAAGAGCUGCUGUAUUUCGGUUAUUUUCAUCCUGCUGUAGCUGUGCUUAGGAGCUUUAACCUUUAUUGGUCUUAGUCUGCUGCCUUUUGUUCCUGCUGUUAGCACACAACAUCUAUUUGACCUUUUGAGAGAGCAAAGUAAAUAAAUCAAAAAAAAUGUUUGGAGGCAGUCAAUUGGACUCAUUUUCUGGCGGAGGUUUUAUGCCUUCUCAAUCAACUCAAGGCUCCGAUCCUUCACGCACUUCCGCUAAGAGUCGUGAUAACCCACCUCUGCUUCCGCUAACAGUGAAACAGAUAAGCCAAGCAAUACAAUCAAGUGAUGAGAAAUCUAACUUUGUUAUUGAUGGUGUCGAUGUCAAUAAUGUGAGAUUGGUCGGAUUGGCAUUUAAAAAAUCCGAGAGAGUGACAGAUGUGGCUUUUACAAUUGAUGAUGGCACUGGUCGCAUUGAAUGCACUAGAUGGGUGAAUGAUGCUGUGGAUACCAAGGAAGUAGAGGAAGUAUCGGAUGGGAUGUAUGUGCGGGUCCACGGGCACUUGAAAGGUUUUCAGGGUAAAACACAGCUAGUGAUUUUUGCUAUCAGACCGAUAACUGAUUACAAUGAAGUUGCUACACACUUCCUUGAAUGUAUCUAUGUCCAUCACUGCAAUAGGAAGCCACAGAGCGGUCUCUCUGUCUCCACUCCCGGUCAAACUGAUGUCCCUGCAGCAGUUAGUGCCCCUUCGAGUGGAUUCAAUUCCAGUCAGUUGUCUGGACAUUUGAGCAUCGAUGGGCUUAAGGGCAUAGAGAAGGCAGUGAUGGAUUAUUUGGAACAGCCGUCAUCACUUUCACAGGAGAAAGGGAUACACUGGAAUGAAAUUGCUCAACAACUUAAAGUUCCUCUGGAGAAAAUCAAGGAAGCAAUAGCAUCUCUUGAAUCGGAAGGGCUGGCUUACUCUACCAUCGAUGAAUGUCAUUACAAGUCAACAAGUGCUUAAAGCUUUGCUUACAUGCUCAGGGAAUCAGGGGAAAGGUGAUGCAUUAUAGUUAAGCUUGCCCUCGUCAAAUAUAUCUAGUUUUAGUAACUGAUUUCCGUCAGGUCUAGAUUCAUGUUGGAGUUGACUUUGAACGAACUAAAGUCUGAGAAAGGUCAUGCAUUAUAGUUAAGCUUGUCCUCGUCAAAUAUAUCUAGUUUUAGUAACUGAUUUCUGUCAGGUCUAGAUUCAUGUUGGAGUUGACUUUGAACGAACUAAAGUCUGUGAGAAGGUUUGUGUUUUUUGCCACUCCUGUUUUGAUGUAAAGAAUUACCCAUGGAUGGGGGUAAACAGAUCUUAGUCUUUCAAAAUCUCCACAAUGGCAAUGGUGCUUUUGGCAAACCUAGUAGUGGAGCAACCCAGUUGAAGCCCCUUUGGGAGCUCAAUGUUUUUUUUCCUUCAUUUACUAGUCAAACGAUAACCAUGUCUUUUAUUGAGAGCAUUGGUCAAUUGACCUA